UAUCCACCUGCUUCGAAUGUUAUCACUCGAUUGAAUGGGCGUUAUCAGUGGUUAUCAGCUCAUAUAUAUGGGCCAGUAGGGGCCUGCUGCGCCUACUGGUAGGCUCAGAAGGCUGUUAUCAUCCAUCCACAUGGUUAAUCACCGACAAAUACAAGAGAAGACUCCAGAUCCAAUACCAGAGGAAUCCAGCUCGCCGGUAAUCGGAGGUCUACUGAAUGACGCAGCAACGUUGCAAUAUUUCGCGCUUGAUAUUUUCAGCAUCAAUUUCCAGUGGAUUGAAGGACUUCUGUGGUUGAAGAUGGCCCAGAGAGAGAGAACUCCCAUUAAUGGGAAUCAAAAGGAAACCCUGAAAUCCUUUUUUACGCAUGGAAUGACACGAGUUGGGUCAAAAUUAAUUCCAAGUGCUGCAUCUGCUACUGGUUUGGACACCAGUGUCAUAGAAAACUGGAUCGGUAAUUACAAAAGAUCACAAAUUUCAAAACCUUUGUCUGAACCCCGUCAAUCAAAGGCAAAAGUUCAUGUCAGAGAGCUGUCGCCUUACAAUCUUUUUUGUAGGGACAUAUUCAAAAACAAAGGUUCUGCACCAUCACCUGAAACAGACAUUUCUACAGUCUGUAAUGGAGUGGUGUUACAGUGUGAGUCUGCAGGCUGGUAUCCAGAGCCUGAGGUGUUUUGGCUGGACGGUGAGGGAAACCUCCUCUCUGCUGGACCUACAGAGACAGUCAGAGGUCCUGAUGACCUCUAUACUGUCAGCAGCAGAGUGACUGUGGAGAAGAGACACAGCAACAGCUUCACCUGUAGAGUCCAACAGAAGGACAUCAACCAGAUCAGAGACACUAACAUUUAUAUUCCAGCUGAUCUCUUCAUGGUCAAGUCAAGAUCUGCUCUUCAUAUCACCAUCUGCCUGUCUGCGUGCAUCAUGUCCAUUAUUGAAGUUGUCUUUGUUUUGUGGAAAUGGGGACAAAAUAAAAUCAACACUGAAGUGGGAGAAAGAAUGACAAGGGUCAAAAGAUUUGGCAACACCACAGAACUUCAGCUUCUGAUGGAGGGAGAAAGAGACGUCAAGCUGCUCCAAACAGAUAGUGAGAAAAUGAAGUAUUUGGACAAGACAAAGGCAAAAGUUGAUGAGAAGUUACAGAAGAAAGAGGAAGAGUUGCAACAUGUAAAACAGUGGUAUGAUUUUCAGAACUCCAGGAUGUUUCGUCUGAAGGAUGGAUGCUCCCCAAAACCGCGACUCUGUACCUUCAAUGUUUUGGUUUUCCAUCACACUAUGGCACUGCUUCUGCUAACACACUGCUGUAAAGGUCAGUCUCAAGUAAUUGCUCCACGUCAGCCAAUCCUGGCAGUCGUUGGUGAUGACAUCAUUUUGCCAUGUCACCUGGAACCUGCUAUGGACGUUGCCUCCACAGCUGUGGAGUGGUCGAGACCUGACCUGAAACCCAGAUUUGUCCACGUGAAACGUUCUGGUCAAGAACUUCUAGAUGACCAGCAUCCAUCCUACAGAGGAAGAACAUCGCUGUUCAACAAGAAACUGCAGGACGGAGACAUUUCACUGAAACUCUCCAAAGUCAAGCUGUCUGACAGGGGAACAUACAGGUGCUUUGUUCCCAUAUUGAACAGAGACUCAACUGUGGAGCUGUUCUUUGGUUCAGUAUCAUCCCCUGAAAUAAACAUUUCUACAGUCAGCAAAGGAGUGAUGUUAGACUGUAAAUCUAAAGGCUGCUAUCCAGAGCCUGAGGCGUUUUGGCUGGACGGUGAGGGAAACCUCCUCUCUGCUGGACCUACAGAGACAGUCAGAGGUCCUGAUGACCUCUAUACUGUCAGCAGCAGAGUGACUGUGGAGAAGAGACACAACAACAGCUUCACCUGUAGAGUCCAACAGAAGGACAUCAACCAGAUCAGAGACACUCACAUCCGGGUUCCAGCUGAACUCUUCAUGGUCCAGUCUAGUUUUGCUGUUCGGAUCACCAUCUGCUUGGCUGUGUGCAUCAUGUCUGUUGUUGCAGUUGUCUUUAUUUUGUGGAAAUGGGGACAAAACAAAAUCAAAACCAAGUGGCACCAUGAGGGUGAGACUGUAGUUGGAGAAAAAAAGACUUGGAUCACAACAUUUGGCAACAGCACAGAACUUCAGCUUCUGAUGGAGGGAGAAAGAGCAUCUCAUGACAGAAAGUGAGAAAAUGAAGUAUUUGAACAAGACAAAGGCAAAACUUGAUGAGGAGUUCGAGAAGAAUGAGGGAGAGUUGGAACAUGUGCAACAGUUGAUUACAACACUGACGGAGCAGAAGAAAGAUCUGAAGAACCAGAGAGAGAAACUCAUCUCACUACAGCAGGAGGACAAGAUCAAGAUACAAGAGUAUGAGAAGAAGCUGACGACGAAACCAAAAACAGACAAACACAAAAAAAAAAGAAUCGUGAAAAGACCAAAAAGUUUCUGGAGAAGAGGGCGAC